GUGCAGCAGUGAUGUAAAAUGUGUCACAGAUGGAGGAGGAGUUACACCUGAUAAAGCUUUAUUGGGGUUAUGCCCAUUCAGGAGAAUGGUGAUGGAAAGCAAUGGCAGACUAUAUUCUCCACCUCUGCAGAAUUUGCCUGUGCCACCUGAAAUCUUGUAUUUGUUUGACAAACCCUGACUCUGGCUAACCUUACAGCUUGCCAGAAACUGUGAACUGGGGUCAGCAUCAUGUCCAUAGAACAACUCCAAGGGAGUUCCGAACCUCAGCAUGGAGACUUUGCUUAUGACGACUGGUACAUAGAUGAACCCCAGGAACCAACUGUGAACCCUGAUGAAAUUAUUCCAGAAUGUGUCCCAACUUUGUCAUAUGGACUGUAUCACCUCAUCCUGGCAUCAUUAUCUCUUCUCACUAUGCUGCUACUCUCCUUCCUUAUUCGGCGUCGAAAACUCUGCAAAUCCUGCUGCUGGGGUGUCCCAGGCCUACUCAGUCCUCUGAACCUUUUGGAGGAUUCUGGUAACCGGUGGAUACCCUGUGCUGUUUUUGGUUUGCUCUUCUCCUGUCUUUGGCGGCUGCUUCUGGACCCUACUACUCUUAACUUCAUCACAGAGCUUGGGGGACCACGACAAGAGUUCUGGAAGAUCUUGGCUCUCUUCUAUUACCCUGCUUUGUAUUAUCCGCUGCUGGCAUGCCAAAGUGUACAACGGACAAUCGGGUAUUUACUGGGCACAAUAUUAUCCUGGCUUCAUUGUGGUGCCCUCAUCUGGCAGACUGCAGAGUGUCCAGAAACACCACAGUUCUACAGAUACUACUCAUUGCUGUCAGCACUGCCCCAAAUCUGCUGCCUGAUACUGCUAAGUGCUGUCUACCCUGCCAUGAUGAUGUACAGUCUGCGCCGACGCUCCAACGUGGAACAGGCUUCAGAUAAAAAUAAUUACUUACAAUAUCUCAAGAGUGUUUUAAGAAGGAAAGGUUCCAAUAGCAGUAAAGAGUCCGGUGGUUUUGGAUCCCAAGUGUCACAAAUAAUCUGCUCUUAUCUCUACCCCCAAAAUGCAGGCUUCCGCUUGUCACUGAGAUCUGUCCUUGCAGUAACGGCAUCAAUACUGUCUGGAUACCAGGUGGCUCUUGUGUUACUUGUCGUGUUUCUUCCUACUGUGAAGAAAGUCCGCCAGGCUGUGGAUGCAGAAUUUAUCCUCAUGUUGGCUGGCUUUGGUGUGAAUGUAGAUGAAGAUAAGUCCAGAGCAGUGGCAUACGUUGCCUAUUAUAUCUGGGCAGUAGAAGUGUGUUACACUGCUGCACUGGUGCUGGCCUGCGCUGUUACUGUGACCAUGCUCCUGCGAUCCCUUGUCAAGCACAGAUGGGCUCUCCAAUCACUGUGUUCUGGACAAGUUUCCCUUGUAUUCCUACAGUCCUGCAAUAUCAGACCAACACCCAUGGCACUCUCCAGUUGGAUGAGUCAUGUCAGCUACCAGGUGGCAGUGACCUGUUUUGGCCUGAUUAUCCAGCAUGUUGUCCUGUUCUUUUGCAAUUUGGUUGUAGCCUUCCUUAUAAUUAUUCCCAUCGUCUAUGGAAAGUUCCAGAUCAUUCUGCACAUUCUAGAGAACACGUGGCCAUUCUGGCUGCUUUUGGUCUUGGUGGCAUUGCUGCAGCAUCUGUGCACCCAUUUCGUAUUCCUGGAGAGAAGUCUGGCACAAAUCGAUAACAGGAGAAGCCUCUUCCUGCUUACUUUCCUCCUGUUGCCUGUGAAUGCCCUGAGGGGAUUGCUGUUAUCCCUUUUACGUCUCCUGGUCUCUACAAUCUUUAAUGUCACCCACUUCUGCCGCCUGGAUGUGAGUCUCCUCCAGCACAGUGUGCAGGGCUGGGACCCAGCAUACCGGAAUUACUGCCACUUUCUGAUGCUAGAAGUCAGUGAGUGUCACCCACUGGUGAGAGCAUUCUGCCUGCUGGUGGGACCCUCAAAGGAAAGACAAGCAGACUUGGAGGAGGGAAUUCAGUUGAUGCCCCCAGAUGGAAAAAUUCAAAAGGGAGGGCGAUCCCACCUUGCCCGUAUACGUUGGAGUUUGGCAUAUACCCUCAUCCACAACCCAUCUCUACUAUCCCACCGAGCAAGCAUCUGCACCAACGGAGCAACCUCUAUGCGCCCCACGUAGCACUUGGCUUUUGCCCAGGCACUGCCCAGUAACAUAGACUACCUCUCCCUCUGUCCCCUUCCCAUAAAUACCCCAAAUACAAAGUGUGGAAAGAUCAUUGUACUGUGACGGGUUGGCCCUUUUAUUUUUGCAUCCUAGAAAACUAAUUUUCUUAUAAAAAAAAAAAACUUUACUAUCAUAGUAUGUUCCUGGUGCUGCUACUUAUGGUUUUUCUUUCCCUCUCUCACAACUUCUCCUUUCUCUUACAAAACAUCAGUGUUUUUGUUUUUUCCCGUGUUUCUCCCAUCUCUAUAUACCUUCCUGGGUUUCAUUAUAGAUACAGCACUGUACACUUUUUGUUUCCCAAAGAUUCCAAUGUGAUGUCCAUGGGUCUUCUGUUUUUUUCCUAAAGCCUUUUUUUAAAUCUAAAUCCCUUGUGAAUUAUUUAAUGUAAAGCUUUCAGGUUACAUAGUAUAGCAUGUAGCAUGACAAUACAGGUCACCCUUAAGUGCAAUGUGUGAUAACCUUUGAGUAUAACUUACAGAGUGCCUUAUUAUGUAUUACGGCCAAAUGUGGGCCAGCAAGAGCACUAUUAAUACUGUUAUCCAGCAAUACAAGAGUGUAACUGUGGAACAACACACUUGUUUCACCCCUGAGUUUACCACCAGCACUAGUAUAAACUUCUGCCCUUGCUCCUGUAACCAUCCUGACACCUCUGCAUGGUUAUAAGAUAUUGAGAUUUCAUUUGGUGCCUCUGAUGUGUGGUUAGAUACAUGGCACAGGUAGAUCAUGUCUUCUUUAAUAUAAUAGAUUGAAAUGGUUCCAUUUGCAGCCUUCUUAUAGUCUUUUAACCUUUUGAAAUUUGCGUUCACUAUCAAUUUAGAAAUUCCAGCCUCCUUGCAAAGUAAAUUGAUCUUGCCUGCAAAGGGGUCGUCACCUUGAAUUGCUAAAGGUAUUUUGCAAUGUGUGUUAGGCACCUGGUUGAGAGAGAAACCUCCAAACUCUUUAGGAGAUGAACAAGUAAUCUCUUUCCUUCUAUCAAUGGUAAGUUUGUUUUUUUCCAACCAGUCUUUCAGCCACAUUAGUUGACAAGAGCAGUUGAAUGGGUUGCUGUGAAGUUGAAUAUGAGACAGAGAAGACAAAGGUUGGAAAGUACCCUCUGCAAUAGUUGAAAAAUGGUUGUUGCUAAGCUGGAGAGACCUCAGCUCUUUAGUGCUGCUGAAAGUGUCUAAUGGAAGGUAUACCAAUCGAUUAUUAUUGAGAAUAAGAAUCUGAAGCUUAUGGAGGGUGGAGAGAUCACUCCAGGGAAAAUCCAGGAGAAGGUUAUGGCUGAUGUCCAAGUUCAUCAGUUGGGUCAGAUUCCUAAAUGUGCCAGGGGCUAUUGUAACAAUUUGGUUGUGUGACAGCCAGAGAGAGACGAUACUCCAGGUAUUGGCAAAACAAGAAGUGUUAAGAGCUGUGAUUUGGUUGACAGAUAUGCUGAGCUGUGUAAGGUUGGAAGGCAGGUCUGUUGGUAUAGACUUCAGCUCCAGGUAUGAGCAAUCGGCAGAAGGGCGCUUAGAAGCAGAAACACACCGGCACCUUUCAGGGCAAGGAUUUGUUGGUGCGUGAGAGAGGCACCACACUAUGACCAUGAAUAUAUGGGAGAGCCCCAUUUUCUAGAUGGACCUGAAAGAGAUGGUUAUAUAGCAGAGUUGACAGAAACAUGGGAAGAUCAAGUUUAAUUAGACAGUGUAAUAACUAUGUUAAAAUCUUUUUACAGCUCCUAGUCGAGGAUGAUGAACUCUAUUGCAGACAUGUAAUGAAAUUUAAAUCUUAUAGGACUCUACUUGGUGUCAUGCCCUCCUGGGUCACCCUAGCAGUUGCAGGGUAUAUUCCUCCUAUUUUACACCCCAGCAGAACCACAGCUAGGAACAGGGAAAAAUAGCUAUAAUGCACCACACUGAAUAUAGCUUACAGUAAAAUUCAAAAAAAUAUCACAUGGAAAUCUGUCCUUCCAACACAUACUGUGGUUAUUGCUGGCUGUUUAAACUGAUUAUUUGUGUUCCCCUGACAUAAGUUGUGAUUUUAUGCAUGAGUUACACAGUUUCAAAUCCUGCAUAAAUAAUACAAAUUAAUGUAAGGGACAAUCUCAUGAGUCCCAAAUACUUCAAGGGACAAUCUCAUGGGUCCCAAAUACUUCAAUUCACUCCAGUCAUGCUGUAAUUCAAUUUAAGCCAAACACAGUACAGAAUUGACUGAUAUUGAUUCAUUGUGUGUGUGUGUGUGUGGGGGGGAUUAGUUCCCAAUCUAGUGUUUUUAAUCUAUAAUAGGAAGUCAAGCCAUAACCCAUAUUGUAUGUCUGAAAUCAUAGGUCAUACUUGCACGCAGUGUUAAAUACAUAAAAUCCAGUAUUAAACUAUUCAUAUCUUACUUAAACCUUAACAGCUGAGCAUUGCUAUUGUCAUGAGAGCCCCAGGCAGAGCUGCUCCUGCCAUUUUCACAGAAGGGAGCUGCCAGGGUUUGAACUCUGUUUGCAGUUUCCUUAUAUGGCAUUUGCCAUCCUAUAAGUUAGGGGUGCUGUGUUCAUCUUCAACGGAAAGUGUUACUGGGCUCCUCUUUUUGUUACUGGGCUCCUCUGAACAACAAGUGUCCCCUUCUUUCACCAUUGAAGUGUUUAUAAACUCAAUCCUAUUGGUUUCUCUUUCUGUCACACAAGAGUCCCCUUUCUCUUUCUCGGAUGUUUGGCUGUGGAUAUUAAGGAAUCUGCCAGCCCUGAUCACACGCACUUCACUUAUAUAAUAAGACAGCCAAAUUCUCUGUGUUUGGAAGGAAAGUUGAAAACUCCCUUCUCUCAGUGCAAGACUUUCCCUGACCUGCUCUCCCCAUGCUUCUCUCUGCAUAUUUCUUUUUCCUUCAUUUCCAGUCUCCUUCCUUGUAUCCUUCUGUAACCCUUGUCACACCGCCCAUUCCUCUCCUGUUUUGCUCCUUUCUUUUUUGAAAAACCUGGCAUUUAAUCACUUCUAGCUCCCAUUAUAAUUCAGUCUUGCCACCCACCCAGUCCUCUUACCUUAACAGUCUCUUGUCUCCAGCAUGAAAAUAGAAUACGCAAACAAGCUCCUUCUCCUCCCCUUCCUCCCCACUGGCUGGGAAGAACCCAAAAAAUAACAUCAUAACAAGCCAAAUUCUAAUCUCUCAUCUGGAAUCCUUCUCUGCCUUUUAUCAUAGUUUCCUCAUUUAUUUUUAGUACUGAUUCCAGCAGUUAACCCAAUAGGUAAUUGUAGAAAAUGGAAAAUCAAUUAAAAUAAUCUCCAGCUCUGUACAGAAUGUAGGUCUUAGUUUAAUAUAUUCUAUUAAAGGGAUAUUAACAUGAA